UCACUCAGCGGCGGUGUCGCACUUCUCCCGAGAGGCUCCGGCGAGGGGCAGGGCUGCGUUCGUCCGGGACCCGCCUCAAGCCUCGCAGCCUUUCACCCAGUUUCCUCCCGAUUCUUGCUGGGACAACAAAAUUGGGAAGCGGUUCUCGAAACAUACCCUCAAGGCGUAGUUGCAGAAUUUCAAGAAAGCUGAGGAUGGAGUGAUCAAUAAAGGCUUCUUUUUCGGACUUUGGUAAGGCCUUGAAGAAUGAUUUAGGUUUAGGACAGUGUUUUUCAACUGGAAAGGGGAUUGUGUGGGACCCAUUAGUGGAGGUCUUUACCCAUUUGUAAGCAAGGAAAUCUCUUUAAACUUAAAAAAAAAAAAAAGAAACAGUAUAGAUUGGAAAUAUCAGCGCAUGUAAGUAAAUUCAGUGUUACUUAGUAAAGUACUGCUUUAUGGAGCUUUUAAUUGUAUAUAUGCGUGUAUGUGUGCACUAGGGCUUGUUUGUAAAAUGUAUUUCUUACUGUAUUUCAAACCCUAAAAAGUUUGAAAGCCAGUGAUUUAGGGAGAAAGGUGAAUUUUCUGGGUAGGGAAAGUAGAAUAGCAAAGUCUAUAAGCCAAGAAUAAUUCACAACCAUUUUCCUUUUUAGUUUAACUCUAAAUUUUAUCAAAGUAGUUAAAUUGCACAGAUUAAAAAGCAAAUAAUACUACUUGUUAGAUUGAGCAUUGGGUUGCUAUCGUAUGUAAUAAAUUACUCCAAAAUAUGGUGGCUUAAAACAACCAUUUUAUUAUGUUCACAGGUGGUGUUGUCAAUAGGGCACAGUCAUCAGCUUUUCUUUGGUAACUCAAUUAGAAAGACUAGAGUGGGCAUGCUAGCAGAGCUUCUGUAACUAUAUGGCCGGGGCUUCCUCACAGUGUGGCAGCAAGGUAGUCAGACUUCUUAGCUUAAACUCGGAGCUCCAAAGGGAGUGUUGCAAUGAACAAGGCAAAAAUUGCCUGACCUUUUCUGACCUUGCCUCAAAAAGUAACGCGGUGCUACUUCCCUCACUUUCUUUUGCUUACAAAUGUGUCAAAGUCCUGUUGCAUUUUAGGAAAGGAGACAUAGAUCCCUCUUCUCAAAGGAUUGGCAAAGAAUUCUUGUCCAUGUUUUAAAACCAGCAUAGUGAAUUUACUUCUGUAACAGAAAACCCCAAAAUAUCGGUGGUUUAAUACACUUUUUUUUUUUCCUCACAAAAGAUCCAUUGUGGCUAUUUCUAGUCAGACGAAAUGUUAAAUUGAAGGCCAGAUGUUUUUAUUUUUAAUGGUUCUGCUGCCUUCUAGGACUAGCUUGUUUGACAAGAAAAAGCAUGGCAGAUUACCCAAGGUUAACUCUAAAAAUGACAUGUAUCAAUUUGGCCACAUUGUGUUGGCCAGAGUUUAGUCCCAAGGCCCCCACUUUAACUGCCGGGGAUCCUGAGAAAUGUAGAGAAACACACACAUAUUGGUGAGCACUAACAGUUUGCCACAUUCUAGGUUAAAGAAAACCCUGUAGUACCCAACCCUUCUACUCUAUUCUCAAUUCUUCUCACCAAAGGAAAAUUCAAGUCUUUUAAAUAUUUCAUCUGUUACCCCCAUGUCUAAAUAUACUUACAUUGCAGUUUCUUGAUUUUCCAAUUUCAGACAUUACCCAUUGACUUUCUCCUAUGGAAGGCAGUGAUAAAGGUCUUUUGUAACAACACCACCUCCAAGUGUGUGAACAUUCCCUCUCUACCUCAUACACUCUUCUUUUCCCUUCACCUGUCAACAGUGAUAUCAUAGGCUUUGGCUAAAUCAACAUUUGGUGUUAUCACUACUGUCUAGGUAAAUGUCAUUCAACCCCAAGGCACAUGGUAUACUAAGAUCGCAUUAACUUUUAAUACAACUUUUUACUUUCCUUUCUCUUAACUGCCAUUUUAAGUGUAUUAUUUAUCUGUUCUCAAACACUGGCAAACUGCUAAAGCAUCACAGUGAAAUACAUCAGUUAAUCCAGUAGUUUUUUUUUCCUUACAGAUACUCUUCCUACAGCGUUACAACCUUUAGUUUAUUUAGGAUUGCUGGUUUCUCCAACAUAAUACUGCUCUCCUGUGUGUUAGAUCCCUUGUUUCCUUUUUCUUUGUUUAAUCCCUUUUUAAAAAUGAACUACAUUCUCUAAUACCUUCUUGGAAAAAGGUAAAUAGGAGUGUAGUAGAUAGAAUAAUGGCCCCCAAAGAUGUCUAUAUCCUUAUCUCCAGAACCUGUUGAUAUUUUAUCUUAUAUGGCAAAACAAACUGCAUAUGUGAUUAAGGAGAUGGGCUAAAUUACCCUGGAUUGUCUGGGUGGCUGGACAUAAUCAAAGAGUUCUUAAGAGAGGAAGACAAGAUGUCAAGAGAGGAGAAGACUCUACACUGCUGGCUUUGAAGAUAGAGGGAGGAGCUCUGAGCAAAGGAUAGCAGUUUGGUCGCCCAACUCACAUUGAUGCCUAAGACCCAGCUGAUUUCUCUUCAUUUCCGCAAAGUUACUGUACCAUGGCAGGCCAACGAACAUGUCAAAGGAGGAGCAGCAGAGCUGGCCCCAGGAAAAUGCAAGAACCUCCAAAGAGCAUUGAAGAAUUCUUAAAGUUUCAAAAUUGGGAUUAUUGGCCAAGGGAAAUCCAUUUUAGAGAUGAUGAUAAAUGGUCAUGCGCUCUGAAAAAAAUAAAAGAAGAUAGUUCAUUUGUUUCAAUUUAUACACACCUAUGGGAAAAUGUUCCUCGAAUAUUUGAAGCACUUUUGAUCAUGGAAUCAAAAUUAAAGGAAUAUUCACUUAUUUUGCAAAACCACACCUCUGAAAUAUUUAAGUGGAAAAGCAUGAUUUCUGAGACAAGUUCUUAUAGAAAAUUGGAACAAUAUGAGGAAUUUCUAAAGAAGUACCAUAAGAAAAAAAAGAUAAUGCUUUCAGAUGAAAUGGAGACAGAGAAGAAUAUAGAGGGUUGCAGCUUCACAGGAUUCAAAGCGAAUGAACUUACUCAGCUACCCAGACAUUUGGAUGCUGAACAAAUUUAUCUUUUUAUUUUAAAAGCCCAUAAUUUUGAUGAAAGAGUUUUUAAAAUCUGGAAGACUCAUUUUCUCUCAGAAGCCUCCAUUGCUCUUUUGCAUGACUCCUUUUGGUGGUGGUUUCUCCAUAAAUUUAGGCCUGACAGAGAAAACCAAGAUUGCUUAUUCGAUAGAAUUUCAGAAAGUUAUGUGACACUUUUCAUGAGCAUACCUUUAAGUCGAAAGGAUGCAUUUUUUCAGAUAUAUCCUGAUUGUUUGGCACAAGCCAUAUAUGCAACGUUCCAUGAAGCAUUUCCAGAAUCGAGUUACCUCUUUAAUGAUGAAUUUAAAGAAGAUCUAGGGAAUAACAUUUUUCUUUGGUGUUCAGGUUUAAAACCUCAAAAAGGCUUUUGGACCCACUGGAAACUGAAAGAACUCUCCACAACCACCAUUCAUGGUAGCAAAAAAGCACCUGCAAAAUCAGUAGAGGAAAGAAUUGCAGACAGUCAAGAACAUAUAUCAACUACUAUCGACUUCAAUAUUAUAAAGAUUCUAAACAACCCAAGAGCAUAUACGUUGCCCAUAUCCAAGGAAGAAUCAAGAUUAUCAAGACUAGCAACAAAGUCACACUGUAGUAGUACUGGUCCAGAGUUUAAUUGUGUUCUCUUCAAUUUUGGAGGUCAGAGUCCAUUGAUUUUAUAUUAUCUUAAGAUGCAUGAGCUGGGUGGUAUUUCCAAAGCACCUAAGAAAACCAAGAUUAAACUCACUAAGAUAUUCCAGGAACCACUACCUGCUCCAACAUACCGUGAUGUUAUAAAGGAGGCAAAAAGACAAUUUGCAAGGAACCAAAAGGAUUUUAGGAUGGAAAAGCUCAGAAUUAAUGAAGAAAUAAAACUUCUAAAACAGCAGCAGGAAAGAAUUGACAAGGAGCUUGAUAGACUCCAAGCAAAGGCUACCAAGAAACCUCAUGAAGUGAAACAGGACUUUGAGAAGUUCCUACAUAAACUGCGUUCUGAAGCUGAAAUUGAGAGAGAAUGUGUGGCAUCACUAUCGUCAUCAUCAUCAUCAACAGACAACUACAACUUUGAGGAAGAAGAAUACUAAGAGAAACCAGAAAUGAACUCUAUUCAAGAAUAAUGCAUACAAUUCAGUGGUAUCAGUUUAAUUGUAACAAUAUAUUUAAUUCAAGUCCAAUCCAUGUAAUCAGUAUUAAGGGUGUGUUUUACCAUUCAUCUUUAAAAUCUUCAAAUCAAUAAAUCUCAGUAAAUUAUUCUUAAAAGAUCUGUCCAAACAUGAUCUUGGCUCUUAAUAGUAAAACCAUAUUUUAAGAUGGAAAAAUAAUCAUUAUGAAGCAUAGAGAGCUUUCAACCAUUUCUUUGAAAAUAUAUCUUGAUAUAAUAGCAACCGUUCAUCAUAAUACAAAACAGAAGGAAGAUUAAUUUACUGUGGCACAGAAAGUCCUGCCAAUUCGUAAGUGCCCUAAGUAGUUUCUCUCAGAUUUUUUACAUUUUUUCAGGCCUCAAGCAAAACCAAAGCCCCACCUCCAGGUUUGGUAGCAAACAAACUUUGCUUCUCCGGUGCUAAGCUUCCAUCACUCCUCUGGUAAUAAGCUUUGUGCACAUUUGCUAGAAAGCUGGGCAGCCUGUCCGCAGGUACUAUUGAUACUGUGCAGCCUCCCCAUCCUGCUCCAGUAAGUCGUGACCCUUGAGCUCCAAACUUCCUAAAACAAUGAGGAAAAAAAUAUUAGAACCUAUAAAUGAAAAUACAAGUGAUUUGCUUGGUGUUUGUAGAACACAUAGAUAGCCUAUCUAAGUUCUAAGAAGAAAAUACAUGUGGAGUUUUUAGGUGUCAUCAAACAUUUUAGGACAUUAAGACAUUUAUGCUGUUUCAGAGAGUGAUUUGGAAUUUUUUCAUUGUAUCUAAAUCUAGUCCCUGGUUUUGACUCCAAGUGGUUAAGUCAACAGUACUCCUCCCAUUUCAUGACUGGCAAUAACCCACUGUAAUAUUGAUUCCAUAAAGUAGCCACUUGAAGAGUUGUAUAGCAAGCUUACAGGUAAAUCAGGAAGGAGGCGUUAAAAUAAAACAGGCAAUGGUAAAAGAAAUGUAGGCAACCCUGAAUCAGAAGGUCACUCCAAAUGAGGACAAAUCAAACUUUAAAAUGUACAGUCUUACACAAGUUUUCCCCAAUGGCUAUUUCAGCUGCAUUCUUAAGGCCAGGCUGUUUCACAAAGAAGAAUCAGUCCCCUAGAACAGAUAGCCUAGUUCACUGAAUAAACUUAUCAACAAAAAGCUUGUUAUUAAACUCCAGGUUGGGUGGGUGGUUGGUUGAAUCUCUAAUGGAAAAUUAACCAAGCCUUUCCACAAAGCGGAUGGCAGUCCCUAGAGGUCCACACCACCUUCCCUGUGCCUUCUGGAGCUAGUCUGAUUAUUGGACUCAGAAGUUGACAUCAGAUGAGAUACAUCUGAUUGGGAUGGCAACAACUAUAUGAAGGACCACACAGCUAGAGUUAAUUUUAGUUACUGUAAACCAGGCACAGUUUCAAACCUAAGAUUUCAACCAAAGUGAAAGGCCCUAUCACAGUGUACACAGAUCACUUAGCUUUAAAAGAUGCAAUUUAUCCUGACAUGAAAGUUAACAUGUACUUACAAUUAAUUCUUCUUAAUAAAAUUCACUCCAAAUUA